GACAGACAGAGACAGACAGACAGACAGACAGACAGAGAGAGAGAGAGAUGCGGUUGCAGCACACCCACUCCCGCCUCCCUGAUGAUGAAGCCUCCCACACCGGCUCCUUGCCGUCGCUCACUGCGCGUGACCGCCGGCUGGUCUCCCGCUCCGUCUCCACGCAUCUCUCUCUCGGAAUGGCUUAACUGCCUCUUCGUUGCCUGCCUCAGCCACCUGCACGGCCCGCAUCGUCUUCACCGCAGCGGCUGAACCAGCUUUGCUAUGAGUCCGUCCAUGUUUGGUGAUUUUUAACACCUAAUUCAGGAGGAAGAUAACAGCGUUUACUGCGAAUAAAUCUGUUGUGAUGUGAUGCCUUGGGAAUAAAUGACUCAAAGACAGGAUACAUGGAGACAACAAAAGACUGCGCCUGGGAGAAACUUGUGCAAGGGAAAUCGUCGGGACGUCCCCGGAGAAGAUGGCAUUCUGGAGGCGAACUACUCAUGUCGAGAAGGAACGCCAUGUGAAAGCCAAUGCACGGGAUUACAAUGACAAGUUCUCUUAUGCUGACAAUCGCAUCAAAACCUCAAAGUACAACGUCUUCACCUUCCUGCCCAUCAACUUGUUUGAGCAGUUCCUGCGGGUGGCAAAUGCUUACUUCUUAGUGCUGUUGAUACUGCAGCUGAUUCCAGCAAUUUCCUCUCUGUCCUGGUUCACAACCAUCGUGCCUUUGGUGUUGGUGCUGCUAAUCACGGCUGUGAAGGAUGCGACGGAUGACUAUUUCAGACACAAGAACGACCAGAAAGUCAACAGCCGCCAAUCUCAGGUUCUCAUCAGAGGAAGUUUGCAGAAUGAGAAAUGGAUGAACGUUCGAGUGGGAGAUAUCAUCAAACUAGAGAAUAAUCAGUUUGUUGCUGCAGACAUCCUCCUCCUCUGUAGCAGUGAACCCCACGGACUAUGUUACAUAGAGACUGCAGAGCUGGAUGGAGAGACAAAUCUGAAAGUUCGUCAGGCUUUGACCGUCACCUCAGAUUUGGGAGAUGUUACCAAACUGAUGGACUUUGAUGGAGAAGUCAUUUGUGAACCACCCAACAACAAGCUGGAUAAAUUCACAGGAACUUUAUACUGGAGAAACAAUAAGUACCCUCUGGAUAACGAAAAGAUGCUGCUGCGAGGUUGUGUACUCAGAAACACUGAGUGGUGCUUUGGAAUGGUUAUCUUUGCUGGGUCGCAAACCAAACUGAUGCAGAACUGUGGAAGGACUACAUUUAAAAGAACGAGUAUUGAGAAACUGAUGAACACUUUGGUUUUGUGGAUCUUUGCCUUCCUCAUUUGCAUGGGAGUCAUUCUGGCCAUUGGAAACACCAUUUGGGAGAGUUGGAUUGGCAGAAACUUCCAGGUAUUUUUGCCAUGGGAUGAGUUUCAGAACAGUGCCGUGUUCUCUGGCUUCCUCACCUUCUGGUCUUACAUCAUCAUCCUCAACACCGUUGUGCCCAUCUCACUGUACGUCAGUGUGGAGGUUCUGCGGCUCGGUCACAGUUACUUCAUUAACUGGGACCAGAAGAUGUACUACAGUCAGUCGGACUCUCCGGCAGAAGCUCGCACCACCACCCUGAACGAGGAGCUGGGCCAAGUGGAGUUCAUCUUCUCCGACAAGACGGGCACCCUCACCCAGAAUAUCAUGGUCUUCAGCAAGUGCUCCAUUAACGGACAGACAUAUGGUGAUGUGUAUAAUGAGUUUGACCAGAAGGUGGAAAUUACAGAGAAAACAGCCCGUGUGGACUUUUCUUUCAACCCUCUCUACGACAAAAGGUUUAAGUUUUAUGACAGCAGCCUCGUUGAAGCCAUUAAACUGGAGGAUCCUGCAGUGCAGGAGUUCUUCAGACUGCUGGCUUUGUGCCACACAGUCAUGCCAGAGGAGAAGAGUGAAGGACACUUGGUGUACCAGGCUCAGUCGCCUGACGAGGGAGCGUUGGUCACUGCAGCACGAAACUUUGGGUUUGUCUUCCGCGCCCGAACCCCCGAGACCAUCACGCUGUGUGAGAGGGGACGAGCUGUCACCUACCAGCUGCUGGCCAUACUGGACUUCAACAACGUGCGCAAGAGAAUGAGUGUCAUUGUGAGAAAUCCACAGGGGCAGAUUAGACUCUACUCUAAAGGAGCUGACACUGUUAUCUUUGACCUUCUGGAUCCAGCUAGUGAAGACCUCAUGCACACUACCUCAGAACAUCUCAGUGAAUUUGCAGGAGAAGGGCUUCGAACGUUAGCUCUGGCCUACAAAGAUCUCAACGAAGAUCAUUUUGAAGUCUGGAUGAAGAAGCUUCAGUUCGCCAACACCGUCAUCGAGAACCGCGAGGAUCAGCUGGCUGUUCUCUAUGAAGAAAUCGAGCAGGGCUUGAUGCUUCUAGGUGCCACAGCGAUCGAGGACAAACUUCAGGAUGGUGUCCCAGAAACCAUCGCAUGUCUAAGUCUAGCCGACAUCAAGAUCUGGGUCCUCACAGGAGACAAACUAGAGACCGCGAUGAACAUUGGCUACUCCUGCAACAUGCUGCGAGACGACAUGAACGAGGUGUUUGUUAUCUCUGGCCACACGCCGCCGGAGGUGCAGCGGCAACUCAGGAGCGCCAAAGAGCACAUUCUGGGUGUGAGUCGAGUAAGCAGUGCAGGAGAUGUUGAGAAGACAGAUAUGUAUGCAGAUGACUCUGUGUCUGAAGAAACAAUUAUUGCAGAGUAUGCCUUGGUCAUCAAUGGACACAGUUUAGCUCAUGCUCUGGAGCCUCAGCUGGAGCUCAUCCUGCUGGACCUGGCCUGUCUGUGUAAAACAGUCAUCUGCUGCCGCGUCACUCCGAUGCAGAAAGCCCAAGUGGUGGAGCUGGUGAAGAGGCACAAGAAGGCCGUCACUCUGGCUAUUGGGGAUGGAGCCAAUGACAUCAGCAUGAUCAAGACUGCUCACAUCGGCGUGGGCAUCAGCGGUCAGGAGGGGAUGCAGGCGGUUCUGGCGUCGGAUUUCUCCUUUGCUCAGUUUCGGUACCUGCGGCGGCUCCUGCUGGUCCACGGACGCUGGUCCUACUUCCGCAUGUGUAAUUUCCUGUGCUAUUUCUUCUACAAGAACUUUGCCUUCACGUUGGUACACUUCUGGUACGGUUUCUUCUGUGGUUUCUCAGCUCAGACUGUGUAUGACCAGUGGUUCAUUACCCUUUUCAAUAUAGUUUAUACGUCUCUACCAGUUCUGGCGAUGGGACUUUUUGAUCAGGAUGUCAAUGACCAGAACAGCCUUCGCUACCCGAGCCUGUACAAACCCGGCCAGCAAAACCUUCUCUUCAACAAACGGCAGUUUUUCCUGUGCGCACUGCAGGGUAUGGCCACCUCAUUCCUGCUCUUCUUUAUUCCCUAUGGAGCCUUCUCUGUCAUGGUGAAAGAGGACGGCUCCCACUUUUCUGACCAACAGGCGUUUGCUGUCACCACAGCAACAUCCCUGGUCAUUGUUGUAAGUGUUCAGAUUGGACUCGACAAACACUACUGGACAGCUGUCAAUCACCUCUUCGUUUGGGGCAGCCUGACAGUGUACUUUGCCAUAUUAUUUACACUGCAAAGCGAUGGCAUAUUUGGAAUAUUACCAAGUAAUUUCUCAUUCAUCGGUGCAGCCCGCAACUGUCUGUCAGAGAAGAGUGUGUGGUUGGUCAUUCUGCUCACCACCGUGGUGUGUGUGGUGCCCGGCUUAGCGGUCAGCUUCCUGAGAGUCAACCUCUUCCCAACUCUAACAGAUAAGGUUCGCCAUCUGCAACAGUCCAGAAAGAAGGAAGGACCUCAGGAGCAGAACCUGAGGCGAGUACGCCGGACGAGCUCCCGCCGCUCUGCCUACGCCUUCUCCCAUCAACAGGGAUACGGAGAACUGAUCACCUCAGGCAAAAACAUGAGGAUGAGCGCUGUGUUGUCUGGCGGCUCUCCCGGGGGAACCGCACUCAGUUCCACCUGGAUAGAAAAUGUGUUGAAGAGAAGGAACGAAGUGUCUUGCGCCUCUGAUGAAAACACGGGGAUGCCAGAGAGCAGCCAGAGACAGCACAGAGACUGAACCUGACCAACAGAUACUGUACACACUGUACGAUAACAUGGAUCAGGUACAAAUACUGUGAUAUGUACACGGUAUGAGUGUCCUUCAUUUGGGUGAAUUCGAAUCCAACAACCCCGACGUACCUCGUUUUUUUAUUAGAGUGAAUCACGCGUACUCUGUUGAAUCUUAAAGGCCGAUCAAAACAUGAUCAUCUAGAGGAAAAAAUGUCUUAUUUAUCAUACAAAAUAUUCAUUUAAAGUCAGCUUGACAAUAGCAAGUUAUAUUUUGCAUGAGUAGCUAACGUUAAAGAAAUAUUUGUCAGGUGGAUGUGUAGAUUCGCUAUAAUUUUCAUGGCAUUUCUGAAUAGUAAAGAAAGGUUGGGACGUUAAGAGGAACGUUUAGCUGUCACAAACAAGCUAAAAUAAAGGAAGCCACAGGCACCAGUACAAAGAGUACGAAUGCAGAAAAACUGAUUAGACUUCCAUCUGUAAAGCCUAUGCACCAAAACCCUCCCCUCAACUUACAUCCAAAGUGCUAAAACACAAGCGUUUUUUUUGUAAAUACUGACGUAAAGCUGCUGAAUACAGCGAUAAGCACAAAUGAAAUUUUGACUUGAAUACACUCUGGAAACCUCAGAUAUGGUUCAUGUAAUGCUAUCAUUCUGAGACACUUUUUCUGUGCUGUGCCUUAUGGUUCCGGUUAAAAGAUCAUUUUCUCUUUGGUUUGAGUUCAUCCAAACAAAUCUGAAAAUCUGGAAUGCAUGGCUUGAAUGUCAUAUCCUCUAAAACAUCCUCUUUAAAAUACUGAUUUACCUCUCACUGUAAAUCUCAUUUAAAUACAGCAUUUCAAUGAUCAUUAUUAAUCUCCCAACAUGAUGUUCCCCGCUUCAGAAUGACUAAAACAAAAUGGAAAUUAGCUUUAAAAACCUUGAGUAUUUCAACCAACAACAAUAGUAUCCUCUCCUCAUCAAAUGUUUACUUGAUAUUUGACCAGAGGAAAUGUGAUAAAGCUCCCUGAACAGAUUUAAAAGCACAAAGCUGCAGUUACAUUCAGUGCAGUGCAGAAACAUGUGCCUUAGACCACCGAGCCUCCACCAUCACUGCUCUCUAAUCAAAGUGAAAACUGAUCCUGCUCAGCAUGUCACCUUCUAAUCAACUCUGAUUUCUCUGUGGCUCACACAACUUUAAAACAGCCAGAAGAAACAUGUGAUGCCAGAAAAUAUUCAGCACAUUUAAUUAUUCAUGAUUUUUUUUAACCUCGUUAUGUUCAUGUAAAAAAAUGUUUAGUUUU